AUUUCAGAUAUUAGCAUGUACCCCUUUCCCAGAUUGUACAGCAGCCUGUCCAGGCUGGUCACGUGUACACCGCGUGACAUUUUGUACAGAGUGUCUCAUCAACAAAUAUUGCAAAGAGAACACAGGGUGUCCAGUAAACUUUACUGCUCUGGUGGCAGCAAAGAUGAGGAACUUAAAUCUAUUCUUAGAGAGAUUAAUAAAGAUUUCGGAGAAAAGGGAAUAGUAACAGAAGUUAAAGAAAUAUUAAAAGAAAGUAGAAUCAAAAGUGAUAAUAAUAAAGAAACUGAUUCAAGCUUAACUGAUAAAAAUAUUGUUCAAACUGCAUUAUUUGAUAAAGAAAACCUUUCCGAGAAUAGUUCUAGUGAUAAUUCGGGUCAAACUUUAUCUUCUAUUACACAAGAAGACAAGAGAAACCUACAGGGCCUAGUUUCUAGUGGACAAGAACAAGAACAAGAGGGGAGUUUAAAAAAGAAGGAUUUACAAGAUCUAUUAACUGAACUAUACGGGGAGGAUACUGCCGAGGGAUCAAGUGUAGAUGGAUACAGUGAAUACCGGGACGAGGAUGCCCGUGUAAUCUAUGAUGUCGACGAAGAAAGGACCCUGCUACGCGAGGCCUAUGAGUCUGGUAAAGACCUUGUGUUGGAUAAAGACCGGAAACAGAAAACUAAAUAUAAAUAUGAUCAAAUAUCAAAGUCACGUGGAGAAAGAGGAGUUUUUGAUCUUGAAGAUUUAGUUACAGUUAUUAAAGGAGAAAAGGUGUCUGAUGUAGCUUGUAUUCGUAUUCCCUCGGAGAAACAAUAUGCAGAUUAUCUAGUUAUAGGAACAGGAAGGAACCCUCGCCAUUUGUUUAUUGCAAGUCAACUUAUCAAAAAGCUAUAUAAGAUGAAGUGUUCCCCUAAAGACACGAUGGCUGUUAUGGACGGAGUAGAGGAUAAAGGAGCUUCAGGUUGGAUAGCUAUGGAUCUAGGCAAUAUUAUUGUUCAUCUAUUCACUCCGGAGUCCAGAGAGAAGUAUGACCUGGAAACCCUGUGGACAGUUGGAUCCAGGUUCGACACUCUCACCAUCCAGAGCAACCUGACGGACUCCCUCAGCCAGCUUAUGUCCUCUCACCUAGAGGAAUUCGAACCUGUAGAACAGGACCAGGAGAAUCAAGAACCCUCGCCGAAAAAACAGAUCAAUUUCAAACAGAGAUGAAAAUUUCAUGAACAAAAAAAAACAGUUUAUUGCAAUUGACGUAAAACUGUAAUUUUCUGAUACUUACAUCUUUGAUAACUGAUGAGGUAUACCUUUGAUGUUUAUUACUUUGUUCAAAUAGUCAAGGUUUGAAAUAUUAAAGGAUUUCACCAUCAAGUUGCACAAAUAUAGGGAUUAUCAAA